GAAAAGCAUGUGUUUUACCAAACAUUCAAUCAUAACAUGUAAUCCAAUGUCUCAUUAAAUACGAGUAUUUGGACACCAAUUGUGGGAAACAAUGAACCGAUUGUCACGAGUUGUGUCCAAAACGAUGUCAAACGUGAGGAUUAUAUCGAGACAACUGAAGAAGGAUUACAACGAAAUGGUUUACGAUUUGAAACGAUUGCCGAAACGGACUCUUGAGUUGGUUUACAACGGCGUCCUCUUUGUGUCAGUCAUGGCUCCGACCGGUGUUUAUAUCCUCUAUAAUACCGUUUAUCUCAAUCGUUACCAACAGUUGGUCUCUCUUCGCGUAAAAGGCAAUCCUUUGCCACUCGAAGAAAACCUCGAGUUAUUAGCUCUUCGGGAGUGGAAUGUCUCACACAUUGCCCGACAAUACAAACUCAUGGAUCUGAUGGAGUUCUUCCUCUGCAGCGGCACUCAA